AUGAGGAGGAAGGAAAAAGAGGAGGUGGGUAAACCACAGAGCUCCCUCCCCCGGCCCGUGAUUGGGAAGGAGGGAGGUAAACCACAGAGCUCCCCCCGUGAUUGGGGAGGAGGGAGGUCAGAGCUCCCCCCCCCCGUGAUUGGGGAGGAGGCAGGUAACCCCGUGAUUGGGGAGGAGGGAGACCCGGCAUGGAGGUCAGUUGACGGUCUGCUGAAGUUCGUGUCUGUUGGGUCCAGGGGAGUCUGGGGAGUGAAUCGCGAUGACGACAUCUUCUAUCGUUCGGGAACCUUGGAAAAUAAAGCGUCCUCGGGCAGCGGCUGGGUGAAGAUCGAGGGGAAACUGAAGCAGAUCUCAUCAGGACACUCCGUCUGGGGCGUCAACGCCAAUGACGACAUCUUCAUUCGACAAGACCCGGAAUGGAGGUCAGUUGACGGUCUGCUGAAGUUCGUGUCUGUUGGGUCCAGGGGAGUCUGGGGAGUGAAUCGCGAUGACGACAUCUUCUAUCGUUCGGGAACCUUGGAAAAUAAAGCGUCCUCGGGCAGCGGCUGGGUGAAGAUCGAGGGGAAACUGAAGCAGAUCUCAUCAGGACACUCCGUCUGGGGCGUCAACGCCAAUGACGACAUCUUCAUUCGACAAGGAGUGACAUCCACUAACCCUACGGGGACCGACUGGCUCCAUAUCGGAGAAAAGCUGAAGCAGCUGGACGUGAGUUCCACCGCUAACCAGCUCUGGGGCGUCAAUUCAAACGACAACAUCUUCCGACGAACAGGAAUCAGUACGGACCAACCAGCCGGUACAGGUUGGGAGCUAAUAGAAGGCUUGCUGAAGUUUGUGUCCGUUGGUCCCGCCGGCGUCUGGGGCGUGAACUCAAACGACGACAUUUUCUACCGCACCGGAACCUUUGGAAACGAGGCGUCACCAGGCAGCGGUUGGGAGCACAUCCAGGGGAAACUCAAGCAGAUCUCAUCAGGAGACAAUAUUGUCUGGGGAGUAAACGUCAAUGACGACAUCUUUGUCCGAGAAGGAAUAAGCCCGAGCACCCCUGCUGGAACUGGUUGGAGGCAGAUUCCAGGAAAACUGAAGCAGGUUGAGGCUGGUCUCAGCGGCAGGCAGGCGUGGGGAGUCAACUCAGGCGACUCCAUCUUCCUACGUACACAACCGACAGAACUUCAACUGCCUUCCAUCGAUGGUUAUUCUGUUCGUGCCGGAGACUGUCCUGGGAACGACAUCUGGUACAUCUAUGGGGACGGGAUGACCCUAUAAGACUGUGCAGACCGCUGCAGGAGUCACCCUGACUGUGUCUCCUUCAUGUUCUUUGAC